CCAUUUCAUCAAUUGAAGCUUAUAACUCUCCACAUACAUUUUGCGAUCAAACAACUCAAUCGAGAGAUGGAAGGCAAAACUUUGAUUCUAAGUGUGCUUUUAUUGAGUCUGUUGAUGGCACAAAUCCAAGUUGAGGCAAAGAGCUGUUGUCCGUCCGUCGCUGCUAGAAAUGUCUAUAACGCUUGCCGCUUGGCAGGACAAUCAAGGCCGACUUGUUGUAAGAUCAGUGGCUGCAAAAUCGUUAAAGAGAAAAAAUGCACCCAUCCCCCAUAUAUUCACGAGAUUCUGCAAAACACUGGUGAUGAGGUCAGUGAAUACUGCAACGUUGGGUGUUUAUCCUCUCUCUGCGGUGCUUUAACUACUCUCCAGAACUCUGACGCAAGUGAAAUCGUGAAUGAAGCUGUUGAAAAAUGUGGCAUGGUAUGUUCUACAACCUGCACCAAGGGCUCAGCUGAAACUGCCUAGACAACCAUAUCUAUUAAGAAACCAUGUACCUCUCGAGGUGAAGGGGGGUGGUCACUUUUCAUAGUUGUUUUCAUGUUUUCAAUAAUUGUGUGUGUGGGACAAAUGAAGAAGGUUGUUGAUCCCUAUAUUCUAUAUGCUUUCUAUUUUCUAUCUUUAAAAUAAAUAAUAACAUGUGUCUUUAAAUAUUUGGUCUU